AUGGCCUUCUCCUCCACAAGCUCCUCCACUGGCAGAACCAGCUGCACUCCUUCGCCACCUCCCAAAUCCUACAAUCCCUCCUCCCAUUUGCCCAUCAAAUUCAAUAAAUUUACGUCUUGCCCUUCGACCACCACCGCCAAGACCUUUCCGAUCGUUUGCACUCUAGCCAGAGAAUCGACGAGCCGUCAGCCAAUGGUGGAGGAGAAGAAAGAGUCCGAACCGGUGAUUCUUCUGCGGCCGGACUCCUUCGGCCGGUUCGGAAAGUUUGGCGGGAAGUAUGUUCCUGAGACCUUAAUGUACGCUCUCACCGAGCUUGAGUCCGCAUUCAAAUCUCUCGCAGGAGACCAAGACUUUCAGAAUGAGGGAAAUGAGAUUGAAUUUCUAACGAAAUGGGAUGAAAUUUUCUACGGACGUCUUCUAUUGCUCUGA